GUAUUGUGUAAUACCGCCGUAGAAGGUCUUAAACCAGUAGGGGUUGAGUGCUUGACAACCACAUGACGACUCCUCUCCCUAUAUAUGCACCAUUUCAAGCUAUCAAGUCUCAAGCACUACGACUCAAAAGCUGCUAGCGAUCAUUCUCAUAGCAGUAGAGCGAGCGGCAAUGGCCACAACAAAUAGCAAUGGCAGGACGAUCAGCUACAGCGGGAACUAUCUGGUCGUCCGGCCGGAAGACGGAGGCGUUUGGGAUCUGUUGCACCUUCUCUUCUCCAAGCAUGUUAGCAAGAACGGGUUCAUGGGCUGCCCCGAUGGAACCACGCUGGCAAUUACUCAGCGUUGGCUUCUCAUCGUCUCCAUAGUCUGUCAAAAGUUUCUCAUGCUCGUUAAGGACCCAUUGGCAUACGUCGGGGAAGCGGUAGAGUUUGCUCUCAACUUUUUCCCGGAAAACGGUGGUUUCUUUGGUUUCAUGUGGAACCUUCUACGAGGGAAAGUUGUUAUCCCGGACAAGGAGUCUCCAAAUUUCCAGACGGUGCUUGGGUACUUGGACAGCCGAACGGAUUUGGUAGGUCACUACGACAAGGGGAGUGAAGACAAAAUGUCUCAGGCAUCUCUUUCCAUCAUAGCUGCCAAGAUAGCGUACGAGAAUGCUGCUUCAAUUCGUAAUGUUGUCAGCAGCCAAUGGAAGAUGGAGUUCGUGGAUUUCCUCAACUGUUGGAAUGAGGACCAGAAUCAGGCAUCAACACAAGCGUUCAUUUUCGGAGACCGUAACCUAAUAUCAGUGGUAUUCAGGGGCGCAGAGCCUUUCAAUGCCUACGACUGGUGCACAGACGUGAGCGUCUCUUGGUACGAGAUACCUCCGAUGGGCAAGGUGCACCAAGGCUUCCUCACAGCCCUUGGAGUGGAACCACACGGCGAUUCAUUUCGUCCUAUAACUUCCAGCCAAAAGGUCGGCUACCCGCUUGCCUAUUACGCCAUCAGGGACAGGCUGAAGCAAUUGUUGAGCAACAAUAGCGAUGCCAAGUUCAUUGUGACGGGACACAGCCUGGGUGGGGCGCUAGCCAUCCUCUUCCCGGCGGUGCUGGUGUUGUUCAAGGAGCAGGGAUUGGUGGACAAGCUAGCGGGAGUGUACACGUUCGGGCAGCCCCGGGUUGGGGACGGAGAGUUUGGAGACUACAUGCAGAAAGUGCUGCUGAAGCAAGGCGCUCCUCCUCGAUACUAUAGAUUUGUUUACUGCAAUGACAUCGUCCCCAGGGUACCCUACGACUCUAGGACCUUGCAGUUUAAACAUUUCGGGGCUUGCGUCUACUACAGCAGCACCUACCAUCCAAAGAUCAUGAACGAAGAGCCGAAUAAGAACUACUUUUCACUGAUAUAUGCAAUCCCGAAGCUCUUGAAUGCUAUUUGGGAGAUUCUUAGGGGCAUCUUCAUUGGACUGGUGUUGGGGAAGGAGUAUGAAGAAGGAUGGUUCCAACUCUUAUUUCGAUGUGUGGGAUUGGUCAUCCCGGGCUUACCAGAUCACGGCCCCCGGGACUAUGUCAACUCCACCCGACUCAGCCCAGCCAACCUUGACAAGUCCAAGCAAUCUGAGUCUCCUUAUUACAUGCAUGUAAAUUGAAGUGAGAAAGAUGUUGGACGUCAACACUCUACUGGGUCUGCGUCGGCGUAUGGUCGUAUGAGUAAAAAAGUGAUGGGUGGAGUUAGACUCUUGGAUUCCCCAAUAUCGGUGCACUAGCUAGCCUUUUGUUAUUAAAUAAUUUCAUGUGUAAGCUUGCUGCAGAAAGACGUCAAACUUCCAUGAGAUGCAUUUGAUAGUAUGUAAUCCAAAGUUUGUGCGUGAAUCAGGAAUAUUUAGUUAGGACAAUAUAUAAUUAUGAUGCUUUAAGUAAGUUUCAUUUGUAU